AUGACCUGUGAUGAACUUAGAAUAGAAAUCAAAACAGAUUUUGAAUGCCAAAGUGUUCGCUCUGAGCAUGUAAAGCUGCUCCUUGUCAUGAGACUGGUGAAGAAGGCGCUCGGCAAGGUCUUGUUCAACAUGUUGAACCUCCAGAUCUGCUCUUGCCAUCUCGAUCAGGAAAAAGAACAUACUGUAAGGAGAAUGACAUCUCAGGCGUGUCACAGUGGGACUAGAAGGCGCAGAACCUUGCUGCAAAACAAGUGUUUCAAGAAUGAUAAAGAUAAAUUGGCCUUUAAUGAAGACAUGGUAAUCUACAAUGACAUGGACAUGGACGUGGACGUGGAUGUGGACAUGGGUGCAGACUUAGGCGUGUAUGAGGAUGAGCAUGCUGGUGUAGAGGCAGGUUAUGAGGAAGAAGUUUAUGAUGGUGCAGCGAAGACAUACGGCAUUGGAACGACAUUUAUGAAGACUUUCAACUCUGAUGAGUAUGCUGUGGAGAGGAUGGAUAAUCCCUACUUCCCUUUCGCUAGCAAACCAGACUGGGAGAUGGUGGCAUUUCUUCUUCGGUCAGAGCUCAGCAUGAUGGAUAUCGACAAAUAUCUUCAUCUUGAAUUUACCAGAAAAUUACCCCUCUCAUUUCGCUCUUCGAGAGAGCUUUGA